GCUCCCGCUGUGAUGAGUAGAAGAGCGUAGAGGACUACAGCUGGGGCGCGUGUUGGUUGGGUUUGGGCUUCGGGGCGCGUGUGCGUUUCCCCGUUCGAGAAAAAGGCAGAGAAUCCCAGCCGCCUGGCGUGGCCUUUCCAACUCCAAGGGGGGUUGGUGCUGCCUGCUGCGCCUACAGCUGCUGCCCGUUGCCAUUCCUGUGAAGCCCAGCACGCCGGCCGGACCCGUGGUGAGAUAAAGCGGAGGAGCCGCCUCCUCCUCCUACUGGGGCUGUUCUUGAUUCUUUGCAAGAUUGGCCGCAAUCAUCGUCGCCAUCAUCACAUCACGAGGCGAGCGAGCAUGGCUGCAUUCGCAGAUGGGGACUCGUCCUCUUCUUCUUGGGAUAGUGACGAUGAGUACCAGAAGUUCAUAAAAAAGAUGAACCCUCCAAGGGUCACGAUUGACAACACGUCAUGUGCAAAUGCUACAAUUAUUCAUGUGGACAGCGCCAACAAGUAUGGGAUACUGUUGGAGGUUGUGCAGGUUCUCACUGACCUUAAGCUCAUUGUCAAGAAAGCCUACAUAUCCUCUGACGGGGGAUGGUUCAUGGAUGUGUUCAAUGUGACGAAUCAAAGUGGGCAGAAGAUAAUGGAUGAAUCUGUGCUUCAAGGGAUAAAAGAUUACAUUUACAAGUCUAUUGCACCUGGUUCUUGCUUUCUUCCUUCACGGAGGAGGGCCAUUGGAGUCGAGCCUUCCUCCGACUACACCUUGAUAGAGCUAACUGGGACUGACAGACCCGGUCUUCUCUCUGAAGUGAGCGCUGUGCUCACAAAUCUGGACUGUAACGUGGUUAAUGCUGAGGUGUGGACACAUAAUGAAAGAGCAGCAGCAGUCAUCCAGGUCACUGAUAGGAAGUCUGGAUUAGCAAUUUCGGAUGCAGAUAGGCUUGGCAGAAUCAAGGAGUGGCUUCGCAAUGUGUUCAAGGGGAGGAGUAGAGAUGCCAAGACAACAGUUGCAAUGGGGAUAACCCACACAGAGCGACGGCUGCACCAAAUGAUGCUUGAGGAUAGAGAUUAUGAAAGGUAUGACAAGGAUAGGGCGAAUGCCAACCCCAUGCCCAUGGUCUCGGUUGUUAAUUGGCUUCAGAAAGAUUAUUCUGUGGUGACAAUGCGGUGCAAGGAUCGACCAAAGCUUCUCUUCGACACAGUUUGCACGCUAACAGAUAUGCAAUACGUGGUUUACCAUGGGAGUGUGGAUACUGAGGGCCCUGAAGCGUACCAGGAAUAUUAUAUAAGGCACAUUGAUGGAUCACCUGUCAAUUCAGAGGCCGAGAGAAAACGAAUCAUCCAAUGCCUUGAAGCAGCUAUAGAACGGAGAGUAUCCGAGGGCCUGAAGUUAGAGUUGUCAACAGGCGACAGAGUGGGUCUGUUGUCAGAUGUGACACGCAUUUUCCGUGAGAAUGGUUUGACAGUCACAAGAGCAGAAGUUGCAACAAGGGGUAACAAGGCCAUCAACACUUUCUAUGUUCGUGACACAGCAGGGAGCUCGGUCGAGCUGAAGACGCUUGAAGCCAUACGGCAGGAGAUAGGCCAGACUGUGCUUCAAGUAAAAGGGCACCCUGAGCACCCGAAGUCACCGGCGCAAGAGUCGCCUACUAGGUUUCUCUUCAGCAGCCUCUUCAGACCAAGAUCACUCUGAAAGACUAAAAACUUGGUUUGAAGUCUGAGCAGCCCAACAGUUGUGAAUACAGUAUGUUCUGUAGCAGUGUCCACCAUUGUACAUAUUUCCUGAUCCUUAGUGUAGUUAGAGCUGUAAAUACCUCCAGUCCUGUUGACAUGGUUGCACCCGAUUGCAAGUACCAUGAUUCAGAUUGCUGUAACUACUGUCCUUUGCCAUCUCUAGCAGCAGUCCAAAUGUCUUCCAAUCCCGUGCACUACGCAGCUGCUGCUGAUCUUCAGGCUUUGCGUGCCAA